AUGCGACAUUUUGCGCGCUUAGUAGUACCCGCGCGUGUUGCGUACCGGCCUCUCCCCUGCCACCAUCUUAUUCGCUUCAUUCAUGAACGGCCAUUCCCACACGUUGUGCAACCAGAGUUGGCUAGCGAAGAGUCCUACGAGAUCGCGCGGGAUGCCUUACUACAAUUAAAUAUCAUGAUUCGCCGUGGGAUUGAGCCAGAUGCGUUGAUGUAUACGUCCCUUAUUAAUAUCAUGGGCCGUGCUGGGCUUGAAUGGCAGGCAUAUAAGCUAUUUUCACGUAUGAUAGAGUCGAAUGUCCAUCCGCUACCUGAGACCUAUGUGGCGCUGCGGGAUGCAACGGCAAAACAUCGGGCACGUCUUCGUGACGAAAUUCAAGCAAAAAUUGAGCAAUCGAUGGAGACGUUUCCGGAGUACUUGUCGGAGGUUGAACUUGCACGGCAGCGUGAUGAAGAUCGCAAAUGUAUCGCAAGGUUCGAGGAGUAUAUGCAAGGGAAGCUGCCGACAUCCGUGCCUCCGUCGCUUGGCAGUGUCGAAUCGACGCCGUCCCCGGCCACGGAACUUCACGCCUCCGCUACUUCAUCAGCAACCACAUCACCCUCUUCGCCUGCAAAGAUUGUAUCAACGAUGCACAUACGCAAUCCGACCGAUGCCUGGGCCACUUCGGAUAUGGCGGAAAAAAUUCGUAAUCAACCACAUCAGUUGGCUAAAGGGCUUCAGGCUGAAAGUCUUCGAGUGGCUUUGCUCAAGUUAGACGACGAGGAGCUCCGCAUCUACCUUGCCACACAGCGGCAGCUGCGGCAUGGAAGCAAGCAGCAACUCGUGGAUCGCAUUUUGGAGAACGUAAGCGAGAACGCCAUUUCUGCCAUGCUAGGGCGUCGCGCUCAUUACUUUCGAUCGGUGGAGAAGCUCCUUGCGGCGGACCUUUGCGAAUUAAAAGGCACUGCGGAGGACAAAACCAACGCCAAUCAGCAUAACAGACAACAUGAAGCCUACUUCGAGGCGGAUCGCACUUUACGGAAAGAGGAACAGGCAUCUGCCGCCCCUGAAAUCCUCCUAACUCCGUGGGGACUCAUUCGUAAGCCUUUAAAGGUUCAAUAUCGCGAGGAUUCUAUCAGUUCUCCAAGUUUCAAUAACAGCGAGCGGCUGGAGCGCAUUCGUCUUCUGGAGUCCGAGUUGAUGCUUUUGUGGCGAAAGUCACAGAGCCAAGAGCUUGAUGAGAUUCCGGAAAGUCUCCUGCGGCGGUAUGCUUAUCAAUUUCAACUCCGCUGGCGUCGACGAGUCCCGCUUUCCCUUAUCCGAGCCGUUGAGUGGCACGCUAGAAUGUUCCUGCCCACCAUCCUCGCAGAGAGGGGGGGAACUCCUGGGGAUGCUGAUUCUUCAGGUGGAAGUCGUCUUUCCACACUGCACCCAUUACCAACUCCGCCCGCGCGCCUCCGGGAACAGCAAGAGGCUGAUGGAAUGCGGCAGACACUAGAGAAUUUUGAGGCAUUUCGCAUUAUUUCACAGCGCACCAACAAUCUGCAGGUGGUAGACGAUAAGGAGAUUAACUUACAUAUAAAGCGUAUCCGACGUGACAUCAUGCGAAAGGAGCGAAAAGAUGACGAUCAUUUGCGGCGGGAGGGGCAUAUCUUGUCAAUGGCAAGCUUGGCGUCUUCCGCGCGUGAGUUCACCCCCAUGGACCCUCCCGAGGAAGAGAACCUCUGUUCUAUUAUCGGACUUCAAGAACCAGACGCCGUUGACGACACCAUGAGGCUUCCCAUUGACAAGGCCCCCAGUUCCCCAGAAAAGGCACCCCCAGAGCAAACGAGGAUCCACAGUCCACGUUCUGAUCGAGGCGCUGAGGGGACCGUCAGCGGCUCCACGAAUACCAAACGUACUGAGGUAGGGACGGUUGUGGGGGGAGGCCACGACGAGCUCCCCCCAUGGGCGCUCUUCUCUGAGGGGGAGGAGUAUAACUUAUCUACUGGCCACUUUGGCGACCCCGUGAUGGGUCGCUACCAGGAGUUAAGUAACUCCAAAUUCCGAUUGCUGCCGUCUCGACUAGCCGAGAAGAAGUGGUCAGUUGAUCGGCACUUGCUACCGGAUCAACUCAGGGAUGUCGUGGAUUCCGAAGAACUAAAGCAGACUGAGCGCCUUGAAUCGGUGGAGAAGGAGUACUGUCGCCGACUUGAGUAUAAACGGUAUCGAAAAUGGGAUAACUUAUUAAGAAAGGCCCAGGCCAAGGCCAAGGCCAAGGGGGCGGCCACCAUAGCAAGUGAGGGAAAGGGCUCAGUUAAGCCUCUCCCUGCCCAAAAGCGCUUAGCGCAGCUUCUGAGAAACGGGCACGACAGGGCAAAGGUCUCCGAGAGCCUACGUGAACGCUUUAAUCGUAGUCUUUAA